AUGUCUAUCUACCCCUCAAUUUUAUCCAUUUAUCCCUCCCUUAUCCAACCGUCCAUCCACCUCGCUUCCCACCUUCCCAUCCAUCCCUCCCCUAUCCACCCGUCCAUCGACCUCGUGUCCUACCUUCCAUCCAUCCAAUAUUCAGCAGUCCAUUCGCCUCCACUUUAUUCCUCCGCUCUUCCUGCCGAAGUACCACCUUCUGCUUCCGAUCACCUCAUGACUGCGUUGAAUAGGAUUGACAGGAGCUACACAAACAAACAGGUGCACAAGUAUGACCGCUCCUCCUGUCCUCAAUUUCACGCAGCCCUUACUGCCUUCCCGCCCCUCUCCUCUACCCUUCUCCUCCCCUCCUCCCUUCCUCCCAUCCUCCUAUUCACCCUCCUCCCGUAUCCUCUCAUUCCACCUCCUCUCCCCUCAUCCCCACUCCCCCCUCCCCCCUCCCCCCUCCCCCUCCUUCCAUCUCCACCUUCGGCCGCACCCAUCCUUUCACCUCAUCGUCAUUUCUGUCACUGUCAUCUCAGUUACAGUCAGACCUCCUCACUUGACAGCCUUUCCGGCAUCUGGCGGACAGAGGAAGUGAUAUGGCGUCUUCACCACUCCCCUUCCAGUCCGCAUCUUCGUUGCAUUGUACACUCUACGUCCCGCCACUCUACUCCACUCUACUACAAUCCGUCACCCUGCACAGCAGCUCUUCUCAAAUGUGGACAGGCUCAUCACGAUACUCGCCAAAUAAACAGUCAUUUGUUCAACAGUGUACGCCUUCACAACUACCUCACUCUUCACCUCUCCACUCUUUAUCCAUCCCUCCAUCCAUCCAUUCACUCAGAGAUCGACCGAGUCAUCCGCUACCACAUCCCCACGCGGCCCAUUCUCAAUCAUCUGGUUGAAGGCACCUGA